UGGCUGUUGCAGGCCGACCCCCUUUCCCUGUGGUCCAUUCACGCUCCCCCGUCGGCGCCUGCGCGGUGGGCCGGCCGUGAGGGGCGGGGGGCCGGGAAGCGCCUGGGGGCGGCGGAGCCCAUGUCGGCCUUGAGGCGCUCGGGCUACGGCCCCAGUGACGGCCCGUCUUAUGGCCGCUACUACGGGCCUGGGGGUGGAGAUGUGCCGGUGCACCCGCCUCCGCCCAUCUACCCCCCGCGCCCCGAGCCUCCCCAGCCUGCCAUUUCCUGGCGGGGGCGCGGGGGCGGCCCGGCGGAGACCACCUGGCCGGGGGAAGGCGGAGGAGGCGAUGGCUACUACGCGUCUGGAGGCGCCUGGUCAGAGCCGGGUCGUGCUGGCGGAGGCCACCAGGAGCAGCCACCAUAUCCUAGUUACAAUUCUAACUAUUGGAAUUCUGCUGCCCGACCUCGGGCUCCUUACCCAAGUACAUACCCUGUAAGACCGGAAAUGCAAAGCCAGAGUUUGAAUUCUUACACAAAUGGGGGAUACGGCCCCCCAUACCCCACUGGCCCAGGGACAACUACUGCCUCAUACCCUGGGGCCUAUUACACCCCUGGGUAUGCUCAGACCAAUUACUCCACAGAGCUUCCAAGCACUUACCGUUCACCUGGCAACAGCCCAACCCCGGUCUCCCGUUGGAUGUACCCCCAGCAGGACUGCCAGACUGAAGCGCCCCCUCUUAGGGGGCAGGUUCCGGGAUAUCCUGCUUCACAGAACCCUGGAAUGAGCGUACCCCAUUACCCUUAUGGGGAUGGUAAUCGUAGUGUUCCACAACCAGGACCACCCGUACGACCCCAGGAGGACUCAUGGGCUCCUCCAGGUGCUUAUGGAAUGGGAACCCGGUACCCCUGGCCUUCAGCUGCGCCCUCAGGACCACCGGGGAGUCUCUACAUGAAUGAGAGCACUUCAUCGUGGCCUACCAGUGGCUCUCCUCAGCCACCUCCUUCACCGCCACCCCCACAGCCUAAGGACUCCUCCUACACCUACAGCCAACCAGACCAGGGCAUGAGCCAGCACAACUUUCCAUGUAGUGUCCAUCAGUACGAGUCCUCGGGAUCAGUGAAUGAUGACAGUUCGGAGCUUUUGGAUUCCCAGGUCCAGUAUAGUGCUGAGCCUCAUCUGUACGGUAAUGCCACCCACGAACAUCCCAGCACUCAAGACCAGGGUAAUCAUCUUGCUGAAGAGUGUUUAUCUUCAGAUGAAGGGACUCCCCCAAGCAUUAAAAAAAUCAUACAUGUGCUGGAGAAGGUCCAGUAUCUUGAGCAAGAAGUAGAAGAGUUCGUAGGAAAAAAGACAGACAAAGCCUACUGGCUUCUGGAAGAGAUGCUAACCAAGGAACUCCUGGAACUGGAUUCAGUUGAAACUGGGGGCCAGGACUCUGUCCGGCAGGCCAGGAAAGAGGCGGUUUGUAAAAUCCAGGCCAUACUGGAAAAAUUGGAAAAAAAGGGAUUAUGAAGGGAUUUAGAACAAAGGGGAAGCCUGUUACUAACUCGACCAAAGAACUCUUGAUUUUGGUUCAUUACCCUCUUUUUGAAAUGCCUGUUGACAACAAGAAGCAAUACAUUCCAACUUUCCUUUGAUAGAAAGCUUGAAACACUGGUAAAGGACUCGGAAGAACAGUUGGGUUAUGAGUUGUUUUCAGACCAGUGAAUGUAAGAGAGAGCUCUCCGGUUAUCGGUAUUGCCAAGUAGACUCGCCCAGUAAGAAAUACAUGGGUGUCCUCGGCAAGCUGCUUCUUAUCAGCAGGAGGGGAAUUCACCUUAUGUAACAGGCUCCUCAGAAACCUACAGGAUAAGACUGGAUGUUCUUUGGACAGGCUCUGUUUUUUUAAAACAUCUGGAUAACUUGUCACAUUUUUGUACAUGGUAACUGCUUUCACCAUACACUUUGUGUGUAAAUUACAGCUUGGACUUUAGCCCCCUUGGACCUCUGUUUUGUUUUGUUAUUUGCAGUUCACAAAUAUAGUAUGAUUCUCUAUUUCUUGGUAUAUUUUGUAGUAAUAUGUUUAAUAUAAUUACUCAAGAGACUGUACUGACAGCCAGAUAGUAUGGCAGUUCUGGAUAAUUUGUACCCUUUUACCACUUGAAUAUAUUGCACCGUGUAAUGAGUUUCUGAGGUAGAUUGUCUCCUCUUUUGUACAGAUUAUCAGGUUAAGAGUUUUACCACUUCUAUUUUUCUUGUUACUAUCAGAAGGUUAAUUUGGAAAUGGCAUGGCUAUAGGAAUGAAAAUGUGGGCAUAUUCUUUUUUUGCUUUCUUCGUUGUAUUUGGAUGAAGCUCCACUUAGAAAUCCACCCCCCCCGCCACCUCAUUAUCUUUUUACUACAGCUACUUCCAUACAGAGCAAUGUGAUGAACACAAAUAAAAACACCAUGCCGAGGAGAAACAGUCACUGCAAAAGUAAUAGGCACAACCAUUUGGGAAUGCUAUUCUCCGUCUAAAAUAGUAGCUUCACUGUCAAGAUCCCUAUGAGUGGACUUAAGCUCGGUUUAUCUGCCCAGUGUACAGUAAGAUAUGCAGAGGGUAAAAGAGGAUUCAUGCUCUGGGACUGAAUCAGCCACAGCCAGAGUGGGAAAUUAUGUUCUUUUAAAGGCAGAUGUGAUGGUUAGCUUUGUUUCCCUAGAAUAAAUUGUGUAGACAUAUUUGCCUGUUAUAUAAAAAAGAUGUUUAUCACCCCUAAAAACAGUCACUUCAGAGCCAGAGUUAAGAAAGGGAUACUGAAAAGGUCUUAGCUGGAUUUGCCUGGGUGGUGGUUUAGUCACUCAGUCGUGUCCGACUCCUUUGUGACCUCAUGCACUGUAGCCCGCCAGGCUCCUCUGUCCAUGGGAUUCUCCAGGCAAGAAUACUGGAGUGGGUUGCUGUUUCCUUCUCCAGGGAAUCUUCUCGACCCAGGGAUCAAAUCCACGUCUCUUGCAUUUGCAGGAGGAUUCUUUACUCCUGAGCCACCAGGAAGCCCUUUGCUUGGGUAGCUCUAAGCUAUCAUGUAGAAGAGACUUAGGUAGAUAACUUACUUUUUACAUCUGAAGUGAGUUCCAGUAUAUAAUAUGUUAUUGGAAAAACUGCUGUUUCUUAAUAAGAUAUCCAAGUGAUAGUGUUUUUUUCCUCUCUUGACUGCCAGGCCUAUUAAUAAGAAAACAAAUCUUUCAGCCAUUUUCUCUCCUUAUUAAAAAAAAAAAAACAAAACCAAUACACAUAUAUGAUGAGAACAAUUAGAGUAAAAAUAGUGACUGGUCUUAGGUUGAUAUGACUGAUUUUAUGAGAUAAUAUGGUGCCAAUUUUAUUCAAGGAUUUUUAUUUUUGGCCUAAUAUAGAAAUGUUUAAAAAAAGGCUUUUUUAAGAAAAAAGUUGAAACAAAUAUUAGAAGGGGGAGAACCUUAAAGCUCAUAAACCAGUGAGACAAUGACUGAUACAGGCAAGAACACUAUUUUUUAACUGAGUGCCCAUGAUAGCAGUUUCCCUGAAGUCUUGAUUUAUUUAUAUACACAGACGUGUGUGUGUGUUUUUUAACAGUUAUUUAAAAAAAUAUUUUAGAUAAUUUUAGACCUCCUGAAGAGUUGUAAAAACAGCAGUUUCUGUAUACUCUUCACUAAUAAUCCCUUUAUAUUAACAUCUUACAUAAGUGUACAACAUUUGUCAAGUUAAGAAAUUAGCCUUGAUACAAUACUAUUAACUAAAGUAGAGUUUUGGAAAGUAGAGAUUUUCUUAGUCUUUUCACUAAUGCCGUUUCUCUGUUUCAGGAUCCAGUCCAGGAUCCUGCCUUGAAUUUAGUUGUCAUGUCAUCAUAGUGCCCUCUGAUCUGUGACAGUGUAUCUAUGACCCCUGAUGCGGUGAUGUAUUUCUGGUGUUACUAACCUUAGCCACUACCUAAGGCGGUGUCUAGGAAUCACUACUGUAAACUUACUGUUUUCCUUUGUAGUGACUGUUUGCUGGAGAUAAUGUGAGCUAUGCAAAUGUCCCAUUUCUGCUUAAACUUCAGCCCACUCAUUUUUUAGUCCAUUGGCAGAUCUUGCUUGUGUCGAUUACCACUGUGAGGUUCCAGUGUGACUUUGUUUCUUGAAGUCCUUCUACAUUUAUUAAUUGGAUUCCUUCUUAAGGGAGGGCUAUUGCUUUUGGAUUUAUAGUUUUAAUUAUGAUAAGAUAUUCAGGAUAAGUACAGACUUACAACUUAAAGAUGUAAACCAUGUUAAAAUGAUUCUAAAUGCCAGUGUCAAGGAAAGGAAAACUAAAUUGGCAACCUCUUCCAGAAAAUACAGUGAACUUAAGGAAAAUUGGUGUUCAUUUUUUUGUGUGGAUUUGAUUCAGUUCUUGACUUAGUAUUCACUCCAGACUGAAUUCAAAAUGUUUUUGAUAUUUCAAAUUUGGACUUUUAAAAAGUGUCUAAGUUUAAUAUUACUUUGAGGAUAAUUUUUGUGAAAAUCUUGAAUAAAGUUACCCAAAUCUGGCAUGUUAAACACAACUAUCUCUUUUUUAUAAUAACCACUAUUGUUGCAAAUACAAACGCCAGUAUAAACAUUUACACAAGUAAGUCCUGAUGAAGUAUCAGUGUCAUGGACUAGUCUCUACAUUCUUGGUGGGGAAUUCUUCCAAAUGCUUCGAAAAAUAGGGCUUUUAAAACUGAUUUUUAGCUGGUUAAUGUAAUACCGUUAGAGGUAGGAAGAUUUUUAAGUUGAAGAAUAUAGAUUAAAUUGGCAUUGAAGUUUUUUGGGGGAUGGUACUUGAUGACUGGAGUUUUUCAUCUUUUUUUUCUUUUUAAAAAAAGUUAUGAGUUUAAAGACUCAAAUAAUUCUAUAGAAGCUAGCAAUUUAAAGUUUAUGAAAAGGAGCUCUCUGUCAUACUUUCAUUUUUCCUUCUACAAAAGUAACCACUUUCAAUUGAGUUUUUUAAAAAAAUUCUCUCCAUGUUUUUUUGACCUUUAAAAAAAAUUUUGGCUGCACUGUGCAGCUUGUGGGAUGUUAGUUCCCCGACCAGGGAAUGAUGAUUCUGUGGCCCCCAGUGGUGGAAAGUGUGGUCCUAACCACUGGACCACCAGGGAAGUCCCAGUGUUUUUAAUAACACAGUUGUAUUUCUCCCUCUUCCUUUGUCAAUUUUAGGCUGUUUCUUCUUGUUUUCUGUUGUAGAAGAUGCUGGUCAGGUCUCUGCCUGUGCCAUAUACACAUUGCAGCCCUCCUCCCUCCAGUUUCUCCAGCCACUUAUAUGGUAGUUCUGUUGUUCGUUACUAUACUAUGUAAUGCUGACCAGAGCUUUUUCAUGUAGUAAACUGGUUACUUUUCCUGAACAACUCCUGGAAUUGUGAAUGAAUGAAUUUCCCUGGAAUGAAUCGUUUGUCUUACUUGGUUUGCUGAUGUACCUAUCACUAAUUUGACCUUAAACCCACCAUCAUUUGUCUAAAUCUUCUCUUAAGAUGCUCAGAUACAUUUGGUCAAUUUCAGGCUCCUGAAGAAGCUGUGCUCUGGGGGCCCUCUGAUGGGAGAAUGGCUGUGUUCUUGGUGCAUACUUACAUUCUGGUGUCUUCUGUUCAUCCUGGAGAUUCUCUCUACCUCUUCUGCUGGAUUCUUUUUUUCAUGCAAUCUAUGUCUUUCUCUUUCUUAGUGUGUUCCCUCAUUUUGGUCAGGCCUGUUCUCCAGUAGCUUUCUGAAUAAAAGGUUUGUAGGAAAUAAUUUUUUAAAUAUCUUGCAUAUUUGAAAAUAUGUUUUCAUGAUCCUUUGUUUAAAACUUGGUUUUUCUUUUUGGUAGCUUGUAGGCUAUUUUUGUCCCCUCUGAAAUUUCCUAGCAGUAUAACAUUGGUGUGGGUCUGUUUUUGUCCAUUUUCCUGGGCAUAAUUCAUUCUGGAGAUACCUGCCCUUAAGUCCUAUAAUAUUUUCUCGGGUUUUUUAUUUCUCUUCCCCCUCUGCUACCCUCAUUUCCAUUACCUCUUUGUAGAAUUCUUGCUGUUUCUGUUAUGGAUUUCUUAGCCUGGUUCUUUGACUUUUCACUUCAGUUUUCUGCCUUUUUGCUGUCUUUGUGGGAGAUUUACUCACCUUUAUCUUCCAACUCACCACUGAAUUUUACAUUUCUAUUUACCAUAUUUUUAGUUUCUAGGAAUUUUUUGUUCUCUAUGUGAUUCUGCUCUUGUUUGUGGGUGUAGCAUCUUAUAUCUCUGAGAACAUUAAUGGUAAUUUGUUGAUAAUUGUUUCAUCUUGAAUAAUGAAUUUCCUACAAAUUGCUUUUCCCUUUCUUUUUAGAUUGCCAUCUUUUUCAUGUUAGAGUUUUUUUUCAGAUGUCUGUUAGUUCUUGGUUGUGUUUUUAUACUGGAGACCAUUGUUGUUCUACUGGAGACUCAAAAUUGCUUCUAGAAAAUGCUUCAUGACUAUUGCUUAAUUAUUUUUUCAUACUUUUUCUUAGAAUAUCUGUUUUAAAUGGAAAUUGAGAAGGAAGGACUGUCUGGAUAAUUUUUACUUCUCUGUGGAGAAAGGAGGGUUUUACACUCUAUGUGGCUCUUCUCAUCACAAGUGGUGGACGGUUAGCACACAGUACAAAAUGUGAGCAGAGGAGACGCCAGCUACUGAGAAGGGAGGAUUUAGGGGUUUCUGAGAUCAGAGCACAUUUGCUCUAGCCAACUCUUAAAUGUUCUUUUAUUUUACAGUAUACACGUUACCCUAGUAGAAUGCCAACGGUAGUGUUGUCAGAUAAAAUAUAGGAUUCUCAGUUAAAUUUGAAUUUCAGAUAAACAACAACUCAUCUUUUAGUAUCAGUGUGUUCCACAUAUUGCAUGGGACAUAAUGAUACUAAAAAUAACUGUUUUUCUGAAAUCCAGAAUAACUAGGGAUACAGUCCCAUCCCUCAGUAUGGGUGGGGGAUUGGUUCUAGUACAAAAACCAUGGAUACUCAAGUCUCUUAUAUAAAAAUGGUGUAGUAUUUGCAUAAAACCUAGGUUUAUCCUCCCACAUACUUCAAAUCACCUCUAGAUUAGUUAUAAUACUUAAUACAAUGUAAAUGAUAUGUAAAUAGUUGUAAAUACAAUGUAAAUGCUAUGUAAAUAGUUGCUGGAUGUGUGGCAAAUUCAAGUGUUUGCUUUUUGGAACCUGACUGAAUUUUUUUCCUUUCUUUCCAAAUAUUGUCAACCCAUGGUUGGCUGCAUCCGUGAAUGUGGAACUCAUGGAUAGGGGUGCCAACUGUAUUGUAAUCUUCCUUUCUUUAUUUUUUGGCCGUGCUGAGCAGCUUGUGGAAAUCUUAGUCCCCCCAGGGACUGAAGCCCAGCCCUCAGCAAUGCAAGUGUGGAGCCCUAACCACUGGACUGCCAGGGGAUGCCCUGUAUUGUAUCUUUUUAACUAAAGUUUUUGUUCUGAGGUAAUUUGUUAGUUCACAGACGGUUUUCUGAAACCAUGCAGAGCUUUCCUGUGCCCCUUACCCAGUUUAUUCUAAUGGUCACAUCUCACAAAGCUUCACUGCCAUGUCACCACCAGGAUGUGGACAUUGAUACGGAACAAGAUGCAGAACAGUCCCGCUGCCACCGCUGUUCCUCCUGUUGACCUUUCACAGCCACCUGUGCUUUCCCUUUCCCUCCACACUAAAUCCUUGGCAAUCACAAAUCUGUUCUCCAUUUCUGAAUUUUGUCAUUUUGAGAACGUUACAGAAAUAGAAUUGUAUGGUAUGUGAUCAUUAGAGAUUGGGGUUUUUGCCCACUCAGCAAAAUUCUCUUGACAUUCAUCCAAGUUGUUUCCUGUAUCUGUAGUUCUUUUUUAUUGCUAAUUAGUAGUUUGUGAUAUGGAUGUACCUUUGGUCAACCUUCACCUGUGGAAGGAUAUCUGGGUGGUUUCAGUUUGGGGCUAUUAUGAAUAAAGCUGCUAUGUACAUUCAUGCACA